AUGGUUAGGGCUGAUGCAUCCGUGAGCAUAAAGGUGCUCCUGAAAGCCACGGCAGCGCACUUUGGUUUUAGGCCGACUUAUCGGAGGGUUUGGGUGGCGAAGCAGAAAUCUAUUGCCCUCAUCUACGGUGACUGGGAUGAGUCCUACAACGACCUGCCUAGGUGGGUGUUGGGUGUGCAGCUGACGAUGCCUGGUAGUGUUGCGGUCCUUAAGACGAGCCCGGUUCGAGUUGGAGGACAGGUGGACGAGUCUCAAGCGUACUUCCACAGGCUUUUCUGGACUUUUCCGCCGUGCAUCGAGGCAUUCCGUCAUUGCAAGCCGCUAGUCAGCAUUGACGGCACACAUCUGUAUGGGAAGUAUGGGGGAACGUUGCUCAUCGCGAUUGCACAGGACGGGAACUCCAACAUUCUACCUGUCGCAUUCGUACUAGUAGAGGGUGAGAAUGUGGAGUCCUGGACAUUCUUUCUCUCGCACCUUCGACAGCACGUGACCCCGCAGCCCGGUCUGUUGGUUAUAUCGAACAGGCACAACGGCAUCAAGGCUGCGCUUGAGGCCCCUGACGGCGGUUGGUUACCGCCAUCUGCGUACCGUGCAUUCUGCAUACGACACGUAGCGGCUAAUUUUGCCCUUACCUUCAAAGGCAAAGACGCUAGAAGGCUCCUAGUAAACGCGGCGUAUGCGAAGACCGAGGUUGAAUUUGAUUACUGGUUUGAUAUUCUGCGAUCUGAAGAUCCGGCGAUGUGUGAGUAG